AGUGGGGAAACACAUUUCUUCGCACACAACUACAAGGUCGCGGACCGUCUCGUUUUAUUUCCAGUCGUUACACCGACCGCAGCUGCCCUUUUCCGCCGCAGUUUUAUUGAUCGUCACCUGACUUCGCCAUGUUCUGAGCUGUACGCGCCGCUCCCUGAACAGAAAUAUUUCUCCGAAAAUCCUGCGUGAACAGGCCGAGUCCGGGACAAGAUGGGGGGCCUUUUUCGCAGCGAAGAAAUGACGCUUUGUCAGCUGUUCCUGCAGUCCGAAGCGGCGUAUGCCUGCGUUUCCGAAUUGGGAGAAUUGGGCUUGGUCCAGUUCAGGGACCUCAACCCGGACGUCAACGCGUUCCAACGGAAGUUCGUCAACGAAGUCCGCCGUUGUGAUGAAAUGGAACGAAAACUUCGUUUUCUGGAAAAGGAAAUUAAGAAGGAUGGUAUCCCUAUGCUGGACAUCGGUGACAAUCCUGAGGCACCACAGCCUCGAGAAAUGAUUGAUUUAGAGGCGACGUUUGAGAAGCUGGAGAAUGAGUUAAAGGAGGUGAACACCAAUGCAGAGGCCCUCAAGAAGACCUUUCUCGAGCUGACGGAGCUGAAGCACAUCCUGCGCAAGACCCAGGCCUUCUUCGAUGAGCAAGAGCAUGCUCGGACUGCGGACCUUGAGCACAUGCAUCUCCAUUUGGUGCCUAGCGAAAUGACGGCCUCUUCGUCCAUGCAGCUCGGGUUUGUGGCCGGCGUGGUCCUGCGGGAGCGCCUGCCCUCAUUCGAGCGCAUGCUGUGGCGCGUCUGCCGGGGCAACGUGUUCCUCCGCCAGGCUGCCAUCGAGACGCCCCUCGAGGACCCCGUCACGGGUGAUCAGGUGUACAAGACCGUCUUCAUCAUCUUCUUCCAAGGAGAACAGCUGAAGACCAGGGUCAAGAAAAUUUGCGAGGGAUUUCGGGCCACCUUGUACCCGUGCCCCGAGACUCCCGCUGACCGCCGAGAAAUGUCCAUCGGAGUGAUGACGAGGAUUGAAGAUCUCAAUACGGUGCUGGGCCAGACCCAGGACCACCGUCACCGGGUGCUGGUGGCUGCGGCCAAGAACAUCAAGAACUGGUUUGUGAAGGUGCGCAAGAUCAAGGCCAUCUACCACACCCUGAACCUGCUCAACCUGGACGUCACCCAGAAGUGCCUCAUCGCAGAGUGCUGGUGCGCAGUCUCGGAUCUCGAGAAGAUCCAGCUCGCACUGCGCAGGGGCACCGAGCGGAGCGGGAGCACGGUGCCUUCGAUCCUGAACCGCAUGGAUACAAAGGAGACUCCACCCACCUACAACCGGACCAACAAGUUCACCUCUGGCUUCCAGAACAUUGUGGAUGCCUACGGCGUGGCCAGCUACAGGGAGGUGAACCCCGCGCCUUUCACCAUCAUCACUUUCCCGUUCCUGUUUGCGGUGAUGUUUGGGGACUCGGGGCAUGGCACCAUCAUGUUCCUGUUUGCCCUCUGGAUGGUCCUCAAGGAGAAGGGACUCAUGUCACAGAAGUCCGACAAUGAGAUCUGGAACACAUUCUUCGGUGGCCGCUACAUCAUCUUGCUCAUGGGCCUGUUCAGCAUCUACACUGGACUGAUCUACAACGACACCUUCUCCAAGUCUUUCAACAUCUUUGGAUCUUCCUGGAACGUCACCAAGAGAGCCAUAUACACCGAGCAGGAGCAGCUGGAUCCUGUGGACAAUUUUGCGGGAUAUCCAUACCCCUUCGGCGUUGACCCGGUGUGGCAGCUGUCCACCAACAAGAUCCCUUUCACCAACUCCUACAAGAUGAAGAUGUCCAUCGUGCUUGGGGUGAUGCAGAUGCUCUUCGGCGUCUUCCUCAGCCUCUGGAACCACAGGUUCUUCCACAACUCUGUGAACAUCUUCUGCGAGUUCAUCCCGCAGCUCAUAUUCCUGUGUGCCAUCUUCGGGUACCUGGUGGUGAUCAUCUUUGCCAAGUGGACCAUCAACUUCGGCAAGGGCACCUUCUGCGCCCCGAGCCUGCUCAUCACCCUCAUCAACAUGUUCCUGUUCUCGUACCCCAAGGAGCCCUGCUACCAGGCUCAGUUCUACAGCGGACAGCAAGGGCUCCAGUGUUUCCUGGUGGUGCUGGCAGUCAUCUGCAUCCCCUGGAUCCUGCUAGCCAAGCCGCUGCUGCUCCGCCACCGCCACCUCAAGAGCGGCCGGGGCCGCAGCGCCACGGGCGCCAGCAAUGCGGGCGGCAUCGCUUCUUCUGGGGCGGCGGCGCUCAAGGAUGCGGAGGACGGGGCCGCCAACUCUGUGCCCGUGGCGGAGGUGGUGAAGCCGGCCGGAGGCCAUGGGGGCCACGACGGGGGAGACGGGGAGUUCGACUUUGGGGACACCUUCAUCAACCAGACGAUCCACACCAUUGAGUACUGCCUGGGCUCCGUGUCCCACACGGCAUCUUACCUGCGGCUCUGGGCCCUCAGCCUGGCACACGCACAGCUGUCCGAAGUGCUGUGGAACAUGGUGCUGCGUUUUGGCCUGCAAAUGGACAGCCUGGCCGGGGGCCUGUUCCUCUACCUGACCUUUGCCGCCUGGGCCUGCCUCACUGUGGCCGUCCUGCUGGUCAUGGAGGGACUCUCGGCCUUCCUCCACGCCCUCCGUCUGCACUGGGUGGAGUUUCAAAGCAAGUUCUACAAGGGGGAAGGCUACAUGUUCCUGCCCUUUGCCUUUGACGUCAUCCUGGAGACCUCCGGUGCCGAAGACUGAUGCCCCUCUGCCCUCCAGGUCAUCUGCGAGUUAGCAAGUCACGCUUUUCGACGGUGUUCUCCCCAGGUAGAUAAGGUGAUGUGCGCAUUAACAUUUAAUUUAGCCAAGCUCUCUACACGGUCUGUUCAGAUCUGUGUGUUGAGUAAUGAAACUGCUGUAGGCUUUUAGCAGCAUUGCUGUCUUACCCAAAUGAUGUUAUCCAAGAAUGUGUUCGUGGAAUAAAGCAUUCCAAAGUGAGAA